AUGACGGAGGAAAUAACAGGCGAUUGGAGCUAUUACGUGUAUAUAUCGCUGACGUUGGUUCCAGUCUAUUUGGCAUUUCGACUCAUUAAGUCGCUGGGCUGGCAGCUCUUCGUCAACAACUGAGCAAACAUCUGAGGCAGAAACUAAAGUUUCAGCCCUCGCCAGGAGAAUCCGUCGAGGAAAAGUCGAACAGCCAAAGCCGUAGAGCGUUCUAUAUAUGUAUAUAUAUUUUGUAAAAAUGCAAUAAAUGGGCAGCGAGGACUAGAAAGCGGGAAAGGAGUGAUAAUCAGGGGUCCAGCAGCUGCCAGGAUAGCCAGGAUUGCUGGGAACGUGUUGUGCUGUGU